AUGUCCGCGGGGGCCGUCCCCGCGGCCACGAGCCGUCCGGCGGUGCCGGGGGCCGCCCUGCGCAGCUCACCUGCGCUAAAACGGUGCUGCGGUGCCCCGGCCGUCGUGCCGGGCGCCCGGAAUAGAUACCAGCGCCAUCCCCUUCUCCGCCACGACGCACGGCCGGGUGUGUCGCACCCCUCGGCCCGUGGCCCGCAUUUCGAGAGGCAGUUUGGAGGCCCUCCGCUCCUGCGUUGGAAACGUCGGAGGCCCGCCCCGCGCGACUCUGGGGCGGAUGAACUGAACGGCCGUGCGGCGGGGAGCGGGCAGGACUCGCAUGAGGAGGCCAGGGACGAGGAGGAGCCGAAUUGGGGGCCAUCAUGGCUGUGGGCGGGCGCCGGAGACGGGGGGGUGUGGGCGUGGUCUGUGAGCGGCACAUCGCGCGCGGGGGGCGUGCAGCGGGGCGUUCGGGCGCGUAUACAGCGGAUCCUGGACUGGUGCUUCGGCGCCAUCCCGGAGAAGGAGAGAUGGCACGUCCCGUGGGGCAUGGGAACAGUCAUCAGCGUUCUGAUCUUCUGGGUGCUGGCGUUCGGCCUCAUCGGCUCCCCCAUCAUGGGCCUGCCCCCGCUGGACCCGGACCUGCCCGUGGAGGUCCUCCACCGCCAGCACGCUGUCAGGUUUUUCUACCUCGACGCCGUGCAGUGCAUCACGACCGUCGGCAUUCUGUUUCUGCACCUCCGCGAGUACCGUCCGAUCAAGGCCGGGUGGUUCCCCGCGAAGUGGCGCCCAGGCCCCUGGACGCUGCACGCCCUCGCCGCCGCCCUGCUAUUCCCGGCGGUCGACGGGCUCGCGCAGCUCGGACAGGCGCUCUUCCCCGUCGAGGGCGACCACCUCACGCAGUCCCUCUCGGAGAGCCUCACGUCCGGCGACCCCACCACGACGGUGCUGUAUUUCGUCAUCAUGGCGGUGUGCGCGCCGCUGUGGGAAGAAAUAAUGUUUCGCGGGUUCUUGCUGCCGUCCCUGACGCGGUCGAUGCCGCGCCUGCCGGCGGUGAUCGUGUCGAGCGCGGUGUUCGCGAUGGCGCACUUCAAUCUUCAGAGGUUCCUGCCGCUGCUCGCGCUUGGGUCGAUGAUGGGAGCGUUGUUCCUUCACAGCAGAAACAUACUGGCCCCUAUUCUCCUGCACUCCCUGUGGAACGUGUACAUUCUCGUGUCCAUGGCUCUGCGAUAA